AUGUCGAAAGUGAAAUCACUGCUGAUCGCAGUAGAAACAGGAAAUUUUCAUGAAGUCAAACAGUUGGUUGAUCAGGGUGUUGAUGUGAAUAGUAAAAAUUAUUACGAUUUCAAUCCUCUUCGCUCUGCAGUGUCAUCUGGUUCACUGGAGAUUGUCAAAUAUUUAGUCGAAAAUGGUGCUGACGUAAAUUGUGAAAGUGAUCGUGUUGAUAGUCCUCUUCACUCUGCAGUGUCAUCUGGUUCACUAGAAAUUGUCAAAUAUUUAGUUGAAAGUGGUGCUGACGUAAAUUGUGAAAGUGAUUGUGUUGAUAGUCCUCUUCACUCUGCUGCAUCAUCUGAUUCACUGGAAAUUGUCAAAUAUUUAGUUGAUCAUGGUGCUAAUGUAAAUUUUGAAUUAUUUAUGUGUGGUAGUCCUCUUCACACUGCAGCAUCAUCUGGUUUACUGGAAAUUGUCAAAUAUUUGGUUGAAAAUGGUGCUAAUGUAAAUUUUGAAUCUUUUGACGUUGGUAGUCCUCUUCACUCUGCAGCAUCAUCUGGUUCACUGAAAAUUGUCAAAUAUUUAGUUGAACAUGGUGCUGAUGUAAACUGUAAAGACUGGCGGAGUAAACCUGUGAUUCACAAUGCUGUUAAGUUUGGUUCAUUGGAAAUGGUUGAAUGCUUAGUUGAACAUGGUGCUGAGCUAACAAAUGAAGAAAAUCUUGACAUGCUCACAAUUUUAUUUCUGGCUUGUGAACGUGGAAAUGCGUCUGUUGUUGACUACCUUCUCCAACAUGGAGCGAUUAAAGACCUGAAUAACUGA